CCAGUAGUGUAGUAGUAGUGGUGGGUGGUAGUGGCGGCGCCCCAACACUGCUCUCUCUCUCUCUCACUUCCUCUUCUCAAACAUGCAAAAUACACUUCUCAAAUUUGCCUGAAGUAGUAGUAGUUAAAAAAUUUAGUUGCGACUAAAAAGCCUAAUCAGAAUAAAAGUUUCCUGCGUGUGGAUAUAUAAAAUAUAGCAUGGCGCCAAAUGAGAAUGCAGAGAAUGGGGUACCGGUGUCUGGAGAGUGUUUGGACCUGCUAGAGCGGGAGUACCCCGCUGGUGUGAAGCCCCAGGUAGUUAGAGGUCAGUACGGGUCACACAACACACACUUCAGGUCACCGGCCUGUGAAAACGCGCGAGCUGUAACUAAGCAGGUAGCGGCCGGAGCAUUCGCCUCACUUUCAGCCGUAAGCAUAGGCUUCAUCACAGCCUAUUCCUCCCUGACACUCCCACAGCUCAGGAACGACACGUCCAUUGAUUACGUUGACGCCAGAGACUCAGGAUGGAUAGCGUCCCUGCCGUCCAUAUCAUCUAUCCUGGGGUCGUUGUUGGGGGGCGUGAUGAUGGACGCCGUGGGCCCGCGCAUGACGCUGCUCCUGACGGCGCUGCCCUGUCUGCUCUCCUGGUCCUUCAUCUCUUUCGCCAACUCUGUCUCUCUCAUCUACGUCGGCCGCCUGAUCACCGGCGUCUUCCUUGGUAUAUUCUCCCCCGUGCCGCAGGUGUACGCUACAGAGAUCGCUGAGCCUCGCAUUCGUGGUCUGCUGGGAGCCUUCCCCGAAGCCGCCGUCGCUCUCGGCUCCCUCUUGUGCUACGCCUUCGGAGCUGUGACGGACUGGCGGUGGCUGGCGGGGGUGUCGGCGCUGGUGCCUUGUCUGCCUCUCUUCGUCUCCAUGAUCUUCCUCCCAGAGUCUCCACAGUGGCUCACCAAGAAGGCCCAGCUGAGAAAGGCCGAGCACUCUCUCAGAUUCUUCAGGAGGAAAUCUCACAACGUGAACGCUGAAAUCAACAUUAUCUACACUAACAUCAUGGCUACAGACGGCGCCGAAAUCUCCGUUUGGGAGCAACUGAAGCUCUUCAGGAAGCCUCAGAACUGGAAGCCGGUGCUGAUCGUGUUCCUCGUGUUCAUGUGUGGACAGUUCAGCGGGUUUGCUGUGGUUACCGCCUACACUGUCGAUAUCUUCAAUGAGGCCAACACCAACACUGAUGCCAACACUGCUACAGUCAUUGUUGGCUUGGUGAGGUUCAUAUCAACGCUAGUGAGCGCUGGACUACUGGACCGGGCGGGCCGCAAGCCUCUCCUAAUCAUCUCCUCUAUUGGCUCCUGUGUAGGAAUGGUGUCCAUAGGCACCUUCUUCUACCUCAAGGAGGUUGGCUUCACUGAGAGCAUCAGCUGGCUGCCUCUCGCCUCUCUCCUCAUCUACGUCUUCUUCAACGAGCUGGGAUACGGCCCCAUCCCCUGGCUGCUUUCCGGAGAACUUAUUCCUCUGGCGGUAAGAACCAUAGGAAACGGCGUGGCCGUCACUGCUUACUCCUUCUUCGCCUUCGUUAUCGGCUUGACGUUCCCACUCUUGACGGACGUGAUGAGUACCUACGUCGUCUUCUGGAUGUACGCCUUCUUCAGCCUCUCCGGCGUGGCCCUGGGCAUCUUCCUGCCAGAGACACGAGGCAAGACGCUGGAGGAGAUCGAGAAGUUCUUCGCUCCAGCACCUUCAAAGGAAGAAGUCCCGCUCACUAAAGAUAUCACUCCUUAACGGAUAUGAGCUUAGAGCCUCGUUAUUAACCCUUAAACUGCGCAGCAGUUUAAAAGCACCACAUUGAGGUGCACUAAAAAUGGUAAAUAAAAUAGGACAAAAUCGCAUAUGGGCAUUUGGAGCAGUGUACGGGUUAGUGUAUUACACACGCUACUUUCUUUUCUAUAAACAGAUCUAUCUUUAACAUUUUGACAUACUUGUCUCUCGAGAGAGAAUGGCGUCAUUUGCUGGGAGGCUUGUAGGACGCUUGUUUCAUCUGUCAAAUGAUGUGUUGAGUAUUUACCUGCGGGCCUGAACCACUUCCAUACGAAGCGCAGUGGAUCGAAUGAUAGUAUAGAGCAUUCUCCUCUUAUCUACCACCACAAGUCCGUCGUCCAGCUGAACAUGUUUCUCUACUCCGGUAAGGAGCGCCACCAUUAUUCACUACACACACUAAGCUGAUUUGUCAGGCGAGAUCUACAUCACCCUUCGUCCUCUUCUCUCACCAAACACUUCAUGGCAUCAAACACCACACAACCAAGACCUUUGUUGCAGGUCAUUACUGGCGUCUGGAAGUGGGGCUCCAGCCUGCACCUGAGUCUCUAGGUGUUACAGGUCAUUACUGGCGUCUGGAAGUGGGGCUCCAGCCUGCAUCUGAGUCUCUAGGUGUUACAGGUCAUUACUGGCGUCUGGAAGUGGGGCUCCAGCCUGCACCUGAGUCUCUAGGUGUUGCAGGUCAUUACUGGCGUCUGGAAGUGGGGCUCCAGCCUGCACCUGAGUCUCUAGGUGUUACAGGUCAUUACUGGCGUCUGGAAGUGGGGCUCCAGCCUGCACCUGAGUCUCUAGGUGUUACAGGUCAUUACUGGCGUCUGGAAGUGGGGCUCCAGCCUGCAUCUGAGUCUCUAGGUGUUGCAGGUCAUUACUGGCGUCUGGAAGUGGGGCUCCAGCCUGCACCUGAGUCUCUAGGUGUUACAGGUCAUUACUGGCGUCUGGAAGUGGGGCUCCAGCCUGCACCUGAGUCUCUAGGUGUUGCAGGUCAUUACUGGCGUCUGGAAAUGGGGCUCCAGCCUGCACCUGAGCAUCCAGACGUCAGGUUCAGCUGGACAGGGGCCUCUAAGGCAUGACAGUGAGACAGACAGAGCAGGAUACAACUGUGUCUGUAUACUGUGCUUCUGAGGCCCGUUCAAGGGCGACGUUUCAAUUUGUUUGGGUCUACGCAGCCUCGUGAUUUGUCGUACAGUGGCUCAUUUGAUUACUGUGACUGGAGUUAGUCGCUACUGUCUUCUAAUGUAACUCAUUCCACUACUACCCUUAUGUUGAAGUAAUGUUAUAUUACAGCCCUGACAUAUCUAGGUUACCAGCGUUCACAUGUGUUCUUUCGUGAUAGUUCAACCCAUGUCGAACACUUUGUCUGUCUCUGUAUAUCUUGUAUGCUGCGGUUAGGUCUCCUCUGAAUCUCCUAUUUCCAUAGCUUUGUGAUACUAAGAACUCUUUUACACUAAGAUCAUUCCCCAUUUCUCAUAUUUCUGGUACUGGCUUAAUGCUCACCUUUCAACACUUAACUUUCACGAAUGAAUUAUUAGGUGCAAGUUCCAAUACGCACUGUUCCUCUGGGGCCAGAUUCAC